ACUUUCAACACAAUCGUUGACAGACAGCCACUACUACCUAGCUAGCUGUACAACUUUGUAUAUACCAUAGUCACCAUGUCAAUGCACAACGUAGUAGAGCCUGCUGCAGGUGGAUUUUCGUUCGAUAACGUUGAACGAAAUGCUGCCCUAGAAUCCUUUGGCCUGAAGAUGCCCACGGCUGUCAAGACAGGUACUACCAUUGUGGGACUUAUAUAUAAAGAUGGUGUCGUCUUGGGGGCAGAUACGCGAGCGACAGACGGGUCUACAGUUGCUGACAAGAACUGUGAGAAGAUUCACUACAUAGCCCCAAAUAUCUACUGUUGUGGCGCUGGUACUGCUGCUGAUACCGAAAACACAACCAACCUCAUCUCGAGUCAACUUGAACUGCACCGUUUAUCCACCGGACGCCAAAGCCGGGUGAGAACCGCCUGUAAACUGUUGAAGACUAUGCUUUUCAGGUACCAAGGACAUGUGAGUGCGGCUCUUGUACUAGGCGGAGUGGAUCUAGACGGACCCGUACUUUACAGUAUUCAUCCUCACGGAAGUACUGACAAGCUGCCAUAUGUGACAAUGGGUAGUGGAUCGCUGGCUGCUAUGGGAGUAUUCGAGGCUGGCUUCAAGCCAGAUAUGGAGCUUGAAGAUGCUAAAAAAUUGGUACGCGACGCUAUCGCUGCGGGUAUAUUCAAUGAUCUGGGAUCUGGUUCGAAUGUCGAUCUCUGUGUCAUCACGAAAGACAAUGUUGACUACUUGAGGACUUACGAAGAACCAGUGAGAAAAAACGAACGUGCGGAGAAGUCGUACAAGUACAAAAGAGGCACAACAGCUGUCUUGACCACGUCUGUGCAGCACUUCGACGACGAUAUGCCCACUGCAAUGGAGGUAGAGGCGUAGUUAAAUGAUGUUCGUGCUUCAAUCUGGGCAUCUAAUCCUAUAAAUCCAUCUUACUCAUCUAUGCCGUAUGAAACCAUAAAUUGAUUAUAUACUUCCGCA